GUCCAUUAGAAAUCGAAGGGAACUGAAGAAGCCGAUCCAAUCGGCCUUAUCGGCGGUUGAUGCCAUGGCGGAAAUCGAUCCUACGAAGCCGAGGCCUCGACCUAUCAUCCGCAUCGGCCUUCUUCUUGUUUCUCACAGCCUCCUCGUCAGCGUUGUGUGCUGUACAGCGGGGGUUUUGGCGCUAUUGCUCUUACCAGUUCUCGCUAAGAACACUUACAUUUCCGAAAAUGCGCUCAUGCCUGGUUCUGCUAGUCCAAUGCUUUCACAUGAUGAUGUUUCACAGGCCAGUAGAUUUGUGAACAAUAUACUCAGCUUCAAUUCAGGAUCAGCUGGCUCAGGCAUAGGUAUUCCAGGAAUAAUCGCACAGCACAUUAAGGAUUUGGGUGGUGAAGUAAAUUUUCACAAAUUCCAGCCUCAAGUGAAUAAGUUUCAACCGUUGCGUUUCUUUUCUAGUCCUGAUCCUGAAAUAGUUCAAGAGAACUACAGCUGUUCAACAUAUGGUAUCAAUACAGUUGGAAUAAUUAGAGCUCCACGUGGUGAUGGAAAGGAAGCUAUUGUACUGGUGACACCUUAUAAUUCUAUGAAGGUCACUGCGGGUGAGGCUUUAUCUCUAGGCAUUGGAUACUCAGUGUUCUCUCUGCUUACUCGAGUCACUUGGUUAGCCAAAGAUAUUAUAUGGCUUGCUGCGGAUUCCCAGCUUGGGGAUUAUGCUGCAGUUGCUUCGUGGCUAAGAGACUAUCAUACACCAUCUUUUGGUGAUCUGGGGAAGCUACAUUCUGAGAUGUGUUACCAAAGAAGUUUGUUUGAGUCAAGUACAAACACAAUGACAGGAAAAGAAUCUUCUGAUGGUUUCCGACGUGCUGGCACGAUGGCAGCUGCUCUUGUCAUUAAGGUUGCUGAUGCCGGUGAAGAAGUGGAUAAAGAUGCCCUUUACAUAUAUCCUGAAGCAUCUAAUGGGCAGAUGCCAAACUUAGAUCUGAUCAAUAUUGUGAACUAUUUGGCAGUACAUGGGCAAGGUUUUCGGGUGAAGGUUGAGAAAUUGUGGUCAUUGCUUGACUCUGGGUGGCUGAAAAGCUUAGGCAAAUUAAUUGAGUCACUGGGGAAAGUGGCUAAAACUUUGAACCCUCAAUGGAACUUUGCAAUUCCUGUUGCAGAAUAUGUUGAAGGCACUGCUACACUUGCUAGUUCGCUGUACAACCAGGCAUUAGGAAUUCCUACAGGACCUCAUGGUGCUUUUCGUGAUUUUCAAGUGGACGCAAUUACUAUGAAAGUCUCUCCCAAAUAUUCAAGUUAUGAAGUUCGUCAAAAUGAAUUCCUUUUGCGAGGUGGCAGGUUGGUUGAAGGAGUCAUUCGAUGUGUUAAUAAUCUGCUUGAGAAGUUUCACCAAUCUUUUUUUCUAUACCUCCUAACUUCUCCAAAUAGAUUUGUGUCGGUUGGAGUCUACAUGAUUGCUUUUGCAUUGCUUAUCUCUCCCCUACCAUUGGUUGCGGCAUCUCUUUUUAUUAGUGCUGAUAAAUUGGAUUCUAAUGAAACUGCCUUCACUUUUAAAUCUUGGAAAUGGCUUAAUGCAGCAAAGACAGUUUUUGUUGUCCAUUUAUGGGGUGCCAUCGUUACUCUACUCCCGCAAUUUUUUUCCGUAUUACCAGAUUCAUCGAUCCCAACCAAGCUUUUAAUCUGGGUUUCACUUUCGCUGGUCAGCCUCUUGAUCUUGCAAGUUAUAAUUGGCUCCCCGGUUUCAUUCACCCACGAUAAUCAGGCUCAAAGUACUGAAUGGGCUCUAUUGAAAUCAGUGACAAUUGCUGCUGCCUUCAUUGGACUGUGCCUUAUGUCAGUCAUAAACUUUGCAACUGCAGAAAUUGGAGCAGUGAUACUAGUCCCAAUGUGUUUGAUGGCUAGACCUUUAAGGCUCGAGGCCAGAGCUAUGACUUUGAAGGCAUUUGCCAGGGCAGCUUGUAAUCUGUUCUUCUUGUUGCUGGGUUUUCCUCCAGUUGCCUUCAUCGUUUUCAAAGGUUUGUUGGAAGGAUUUAACAAUCUUGUAGUUAGUGACUUGUGGAACUGGGUCGAGUCCCUUUGGUUGUGGGGCAGUGCGACGUACAUUUAUAUAUGCAUGGUUCACAUACCAUGCUGGGUUUUGUGCAUCCGUACACUACUGCAUAAUUUCUGAUCCAUUCCCAGGUUCCUCCAUCUGCAUUGGUGUACUAGCAAAAGAAUGACUUUAGUUUCCCAUGUAUCCAAGUUUUGUUAGAUUGCAAAUGGCCUGUUAGAAUUCUGUCAACUAGAAAUGGCCCUUUUGUUGGGCUGAUAUUCAGGUUAGUUUAUGAGUUUGUGGUAUAGACUUAUAGAUGUAUCAAGUUUGAUUUUAUUUCAAGUUUGGAAUAUUUUCUUGUUUCACUGUUAGGUAAUGUUUGGUUCAAGUUAUAUACGAUAAUUAGGAUAAUGUAACUAUGGUUAUCUUA